CCAGACAGAGGCACGUGGGCGCCCCCUGGGAGAUGUCACCCCCUUUUCCUAGCACACAGCUCACUGAGAAGUGGCCUGUUAUGGGGUGUGAUGUGGCUCCCGCUGUCAGCUCGCUCCCCCCAAGUCCUACAGCCAAAUCCUGCACGCGUGAGCUUAAAUCAUUUUCUAUGAAACUGGUGACUAAGGGAGAUGCAGCGCGUGAACCUUGAAGCCUCCCCAACCAGCCAGAAAGGGGAGACCCCGCCGGCUCUGGGCCCGGCCCUGGUACCUGUGCUGUCCGUGGAGGCGACUUUUUCCGAUGCCUCCUUCGGUCCGCAAAUUCCCUCCCAGGUGGGACGCAAGGUGGAGGGGGCUCCAAGGCGAGGCCGCGUCGCUGCAGCUGUGCACAGUGUUGUGUUAAGAGUCAAAACAGAGUGCUGAGAAUCAAACCCAGGGCCUUGCACAUGCUAGGCAAGCACUUUACCUAUGAGCUAAUUGCCAACCCUGUAGGUCAUCAUAUUUCAUCCCCAAAACAAUCAUGCAAGCUGGGGAAGAGGAACUUCAGAGACAUUCUCGAAACUCUGCCCUCACUCAAGUAACCAAAGGGUCCACCAGCUUUCUCCCCGCCCCACUUUCUGAGAGAAGCCAUGGCUCUAACUGAUGCUGCUGUACAGAAGCAGAUUAAGCACAUGAUGGCUUUCAUUGAGCAGGAAGCCAAUGAAAAGGCAGAGGAAAUAGAUGCUAAGGCUGAGGAGGAGUUCAACAUUGAGAAAGGACGCCUUGUGCAGUCCCAGCGACUCAAGAUUAUGGAGUAUUAUGAGAAGAAGGAGAAGCAGAUAGAACAGCAGAAGAAGAUCCAGAUGUCCACCAUGAGGAAUCAGGCAAGGCUGAAAGUCCUGACAGCACAAGACGACCUCAUCUCAGAAUUGCUCAGUGAUGCAAAGCUGAGACUCAGUAGAAUUGUGGCAGACCCACUCAUGUACCAGGAGCUCCUGAGUAAACUAGUGCUGCAGACUCUGCUCCGAUUGCUGGAGCCCGUGAUGAUUGUGCGCUGUAGGCCUCAGGACUCUCUCCUCGUGGAGGCUGCAGUGCAAAAAGCCAUUCCUGAGUACGUGAUGAUCUCCCAAAAACAAGUGCAGGUCAGGCUUGAUCAAGAAGCAUACCUGGCUAGGAGUGCAGCUGGAGGCGUGGAGGUCUAUAGUUGCAAUCAGAUGAUAAAGGUUUCCAAUACCCUGGAAAGUCGACUUGAUCUCUCUGCCCGGCAAAAGAUGCCAGAAAUACGAAAGGCUUUGUUUGGAGCUAACGCCAACAGAAAGUUCUUUGUAUGAGACUCUGGAAAGUGAAGCUGGGCUUUUUGAGACGGUCUUGCU